AUGUCAGGAAAUUACACUCGAUCCAUUGCCAGCGCCGGGAGCGAGUCGGUCGCAAGUGUACAUCUAUCAUCGUCCGCCCGCGCUGAGCGCUCAGCUUCAAACCCUGCGUCCUUUGCCAUAGACCACUACGAUACCGCCUUACCCCCGAUCAGCUUUCAGAAUCCGGCCCUCGCACACCGACGGACUGGUAGUACAUUGAAAACGGUCAUGCGCAAGAUCUUCAACCGGAAGAGACAAAGCGCAGCGGAUGGGUUGGAGGAGAGCCCGAAUGAGGCCUUCUAUACAACCCCAGUGAGAAAACCAGGACCAGGAAAAUCAUUUUUAUCGGUUCCUACACCUACAGAAUCAAAAAGGAGCAGUCCACUGUCGGAGGAGAACCUACAACUGCAAUUUGCGGAGUCACAUCUAUCACCAACAUCCGCCAAGGGUGGUUCCUUGCCAUCGCCUGGUUUGCCGCGACGCCGAAGAGCCACACUGCCCAGUGUGAUCUUCUCCGACGAUGAGUCGCGGUUUGCAGUAGCCUCUGCCAUCUCCGAUCCUCAGGAAGACCGCCAUGCUCACGAUGGCCGAUAUAGUUUGCUUCAAAACCGACGAACUAGAAGCACUGAAGCGUUGCACCAUGAAGAUUGGCCACCCCGCGCCACUUCCGCGGCUUCGGGGCCCAAUUCCAAGUCGCCUGCGCUUGGAAGCUCCGUCAGUGAUCCCUCUGUUAGGCCGUCCACAGGGACUACCGUGACAAGCGUCACGCGCGCAUCGGUGGCACCGUCAAUUUCCGAAGCCGACGAACGAGCGGACCAAAUGAGCCUACCACCUAAUAUGGGCAACUUUGUCCACUCGAUGCAACAAGACGACGGUCUCACCGUGGAGCAGCGACUGAACACCCUUGAGGUGAAGAUGAUUGACUUGGAAUUUGCAAUCGCCCGCAUGCAAUCCAGUCCCAUUGACGGCCCAACAGAUCGGUCUCGACAGAAGCGCACCCCAUCCGCCGAGCCGAUCCGCACGCCAACCAGCCACACACGCAACAAGCCCUCAUCCGGAUAUCUAGGCUCUUUAGACCGAGAGCGAGACCGCGACCGUGACGAAUCCCCUAGCCCCCUUGCCAAUUUUUGCGCAGUGCGACCAUCUAGCACUAGUACAAUCCGGCAAGACACACUAAGCAAUCGGAGCAUUCGUCCCGCCCCAUCAGCAACGUCUCUCUCGGAGUACAGCGGUGUCUCUAUCGAGCAGUAUAGCACUCUAGUAACGCUCCUCCGUCGCGAACAAACCGCCCGCCGCAACCUCGAAAGCCAGGUUUCCAGCCUCCGCGACGAUCUUCGUCAAAUCCAACGAGCAGCCCUUCAUUCAAUGGAGAUGGGAACUAUGUACCCCAUUCAGGGUGUGGAUUCGCAGGAAUUCCUGCGGUUCCGGCGGGCGCUCGAUGAUUCGGAUUCUUCUCCGCCUAUCUCUAGAGAUAGAGAUCGAGCAAAUCCUGAUUUUGAGGAGGCGUCGGAGUAUGGUCGGGAUGAUCCGAUCGGGCCGCAUAAAUGGGAUAAUAGUCGGACGUUGACGAUGCCCAUGAUUUGA